AUGUGGGCCCAAAAGAAUAUAACUGAAAGAAGUUCCUCUUAUUCAGAAUCUGACUCUGGUAGUCAUGAUCGAGAAAUAACUGAACUAGCAGCUGCGCUUCGAGAAGUUCUUAGCAUUAGUACACCAAGUGCUGGUAGUGGUGGUAAUAGUAGAGCAGCAGCAGCAGCAGAACAGCGAUUAGUUUCAAAAAGACGUGCGGCUCUAAAAAAGACAAUAAAGGCAAUGAAUUCAGGUGUAGAUGUUUCUUCGUUAUUUAAUGAAAUGGUUAAGGCUGCAUCAACCAAAGAUUUAGUACAGAAAAAAUUGGUGUUUCAAUACAUUGUUGCUCAAACGCAAAAAAAUACGGAUCUCGUAGCUUUAUCAAUAAAUACUAUUCAGCAAGACCUUCACGAUAAAGAUCCAUUAGUGAGAGGAUUAGCUCUGCGUACUUUAUGUUCUAUGAGGAUUUCAAAUCAUGUUGAAUUAAUACUUGAAACUGUUCAUCGUGGAUUAGUUGAUCCCAGUUCUUAUGUACGAAAGACGGCAGUUUUCGCGUGCUUGAAACUAUUUCACAUGUCUCCACGUCAUGUUUUAGACACGGGGCUUAUAAAAGAACUCUAUACUUUGCUACGAGAUCGUGACACCAUAGUGAUUGCUAAUAUUGUUUCCGCAUUGAAUGAAAUUCUUGCUUCGGACGGUGGGAUAACGAUCAACAAAAAUAUUGCGCAUUACUUGUUACAACGGUUACGUGAAUUCAAUGAGUGGCAUCAAUGUUUGGUGAUCGAGACUCUGAUAAGAUAUAAGCCUGAAUCUGACAAUGAGGUGUUUGCAAUGAUGAAUAUUUUAGAUGAUCGACUUAAACAUCAUAAUAGUGGUGUACAGCUUAUGACUCUGAAGCUUUUUCUUCAUUUAACUAAAGAAAUGCCGGAAUUGCAUCAGGAUGUUUACAAGAGAUUUAAAGAUGUCUUAUUGACCUUAUUAUCGUUGGGCAAACCAGAAAUUUCAUUCUCAUCUUUAACACAUGCAAAAAUAUUGGCUAUGAAUUCUCCAAAUAUUUUCUGCAAAGAUUAUAAAUAUUUUUAUCGAAGAGUCAAAGAACCAUCUUUUGUCACGAUGGAAAAGCUGAACAUUCUUGAAUUAAUCGUGACUGAAACCACAGCCAAAGAAAUUGUCGACGAAGUAAGUGGAUAUAUUAUAGAAACUUCUGGUCCGUUGAGAAGGAAAUCAAUCAGCGUUGUUGCUAGUAUAGCCAUAAAGUACAACAAAAUCCUGAAUUAUUCGCUUGAAAUAUUUAUGAGAUUAUUGGAAACAACUGUCGAACCUAUUGUCUUGGAGAUUCUUAGCUGUCUUCAAGGAUUCGAUUACAUCAUAUUGAAAAAUAUAAAGAGUUUUCCGCUAGUUUUGAUCUCAAUAUGGCCAUCAAUUGAUUUCGAAAAAUCUUCACCGGUCGGACUUUUAUUUCUGAAUUUCUUGGCGCUGUUUGGCAACGAAAUCUUGGAAGCGCCUUAUAUAGUGGAAUCAUUCAUCGACACCUUGGAAAAAUAUCAAAAUUCAAAAUUUCGGAUUCAGCUGUUAAACACCACUGUUUCGUUGUUUCUGAGAAGACCGGGCGAGUGUCGUGAAAUGCUUGGCAGAUUAUUCAAAGCAACCAUAAAAGAUGAUCAAGAGCAACAACAAUCACUUAGUGUUCGUGAAAGAGGAUUAUUUCUGUAUCGAUUGUUGCAGUCAGAUAUUCAGAUGGCGAAAAAAAUUUUUGUCGAAAGUAUUGAUGCUGAUAUUCUCAAAGAAGGUGACGGUAACAUCAAAGAUAAAAAAAUAAAUGAGGAUACGAAUAUUAAUCUGCUAUUAGAUUUCAAUACACUUUCGGUAGUAUACGGGGAAUCCUCAGAUAAAUUUCUUGUGACUGAAUUUUAUUCCUCAUCCAAUGCAAAUAACAACGAUUACUUUGAUACGCAAAAUGAUGAAGAAAAAGAGUUUGUUGAUUCAUUAAAUGUUAUAACAAAGGCACAGGAAGAACAAUCAUUACUGGUAAAACAACAAAAUCAGGAAUCUAUGAACCUGACCGAUUUUUCUCCGGAAUUAUGGGGUUCUGCGACUUCAACAAGAAGCAACUCAGCAAUCAUGAUUCCUCCUUAUCAUCAUUACUCGGAAACGUCUCCUUUUCUUGAUGAUAUUGAAAGUGCACUUGAAGAGCGUUAUGGUCAGACUGACGAUUAA